CAGCCUCCUCCUUCCCUCGGUGGCAUCGCCAGUGGUCCCAGGCUAGGGAGUCAGCCUCCUUGUUCCUGUGUCCCUGCUGUGCAAAAAGCUCUGCAUGUGAGGACCAUGUCCCUGUUUGCACCACUUCUCCUUCUCCUGGGGGUGUCAAUGCUUCAUUCAGAAACUGUCACUGAUGAGGAUGUCCGAACCUGCCCUGUGGUCACCUGUGCUUCUCCAGGACUGAAUGGCUUUCCAGGCAAAGACGGACAUGAUGGUGCCAAGGGAGAAAAAGGAGAACCAGGUGAAGGACUCAGGGGCUUGCAGGGCCCUCCUGGGAAAUUGGGGCCUCCAGGACCCCCAGGAAGUCCUGGAACAAAAGGAGCAAUGGGACUAAAAGGAGACCCCGGACAAUGUCCAGUGUGUGAUGACAGAAGUAGACAUGACAUUGAGACACAAGCUCUGUGGAAUGAAGUGGAGCAGAUCAAGACAUGGUUAUUCUUUUCGCUUGGCAAAAAAGUUGGCAAGAAGUUUUACUUGAGUCGUCACGAACGCAGGAGCUUCGACAGAGUGCAGGCUCUGUGCACACAGUUUCAGGCCUCGGUGCCCACGCCCAGGAACGCGGAGGAGAACAGGGCCAUCCGAAAUGUGGCUCAUGAGAAUCCCUUCCUGGGCAUCACGGACGAGAGGAACGAAGGCGAAUUCGUGGACAGGAAGGGAAUCAGGCCUAGCUACACCAACUGGAACAACGGGGAACCCAAUAAUGCUGGCUCUAAUGAAGACUGCGUGGCGAUCCUGCGGGAUGGCAAGUGGAACGACGUCCCAUGCUCCGAUGCGUUUGAGGCCGUCUGUGAGUGGUCUGUCUGACGGAAAAACCCAUCCCCUCCUCGUUCCAGAGGCCCAUGCUCAGCUUACAAAGAUAAACUAUAGCAACGUCCCCAGAGCCACUCCUGUGUGGCACCCUUGUGGAGAAAGCGACGAGGAUGGAUGGUGGCGCGCAGAAGCCAGAAGCCAGGGAAGUCGAGGAGCGGGCACUGAGGACUUCAGGCUCCAUCAGUAACAAUGACUGAACAGCAAGGAAUCAACAAUAGUAGUGAUAGGGAAGUAGUAAUACUAAGCUUAUUACGAAUGCUUACUAUAAGCAGAACCGAUGUUUUACAUCUUGCAAUGAUUACCUAAAGCUAAUUAAACUAUAAUUGUUUUA